GCCCAACCUUCAACGAAGGUACACCCAUUCCCGCAUGUUUUUCGGGGAACACUCCACCGCGGAGAGAACAUGCAGAUUCCACACAGAAGGCACACCAGCCGAGAAUCAAACGGGGGAACCUCUUGCUGUGAGCCAACAACGGUACUGCUGUACCAACGCAGCUUGAUAUCAAGUCCUUUCUAAAUAUGACAGCUAAAUCAUCUUGCUCACAACAUUGCACAGAUGCAUUACUUCCAGCAAGCAACUUGUCAAUCAAGGUUAAUUUAUCCACGGGGUAAAGGCUGGGUGCAUGCCAAUUACACUAGGAGUGCCCAAACCCGCAGGGAAUUGAGGUAGUUAGUAUUGACGUUUACUGCUUUGAGCGUGCAUAAAUACAAGAUACAUAAUUUCUCACUAGUUAACAGAAAACUAAAACUUUUACGUAGAACAGGGCAACAUCAUCAGAGACAGUUAAGAGCUAUGUCAAAAUAAAUAAAAUAACACUGUUGCUUUAUUAUGUUUUAUGACGUAUAAAAGACAGCAAUCACAGUUUCUCUAAAAGCACACGCCAUCAGUAGUUACGUUUUUGAAAAGACUCUGGAAUGCCGGUAAGGUGCUUGGUUGCUUAGUAACUAAAGACGCUCUCGACAACGUCGAACUUGUGGCAAGCUGGAAGACGCGACUAUUGCUAUAUUACAUGAGCCGAAAUGGAAGUAGAAGUUGUGUUUUAAAAGCAGCGGUGUGUUGUGCAAACUGAAUCAAAAGUACCGUGGACAGCACUUGGAAACAACUGUGAACAAUAGGAUGGCUUUACCAAGCAAAGGAAAACUGCCAAAUAAUCCAACAAAAUAUUUGCCUCAGCAACCUCAGAUUCGCUCUAAGCCACAGUGGCAGAUGACAGCCCCUUCUUUUGUGCUAAAAGUAGAUCAGAAAGAAGAUGAAGAAAAUGACUUUUCCUUUAAUAAACGCCUUUCACCAAAAAACAAAGGAACCAAGACUAGAGAGUCUGGGUUAGCUGAAGUUAGACAACACAGGAUCAGUGACGAAGCUACAACUUCUAGAAUGCAAAGCAAUUACACUUUUCCAAAGAAGGACCGUGAGCAAUUCAGAAGUGCUCUUGUGAGCAUUAUCAUGCAAAAAGAAAAUGCUGCAGGCCAGCCUCCUCCAUUAGAUGAAACCAAGCCUCCAAGGGCAGGAUCUCCUACAUCAGUGGAGAAAGAUAUAUUGGUACAAACCUAUCCUUUAUGA